AUGCCCACAACCUCCAACACUACCAAUACCAACCACCUCCAACACUACCAAUACCAACCACCUCCAACACCACCCAUGAUCAGCACCUCUAACACCCACAAUACCCACCACCUCCAACACUACCAAUACCAACCACCUCCAACACUACCAAUACCAACCACCUCCAACACAAAUAAUGCCCACAACCUCCAACACUACCAAUACCAACCACCUCCAACACUACCAAUACCAACCACCUCCAACACUACCAAUACCAACCACCUCCAAAACUACCAAUACCAACCACCUCCAACACCACCAAUACCCACCACCUCCAACACCAACAAUACCCACCACCUCCAACACUACCAAUACCAACCACCUCCAACACCAAUAAUGCCCACAACCUCCAACACUACCACCAAUACCAACCACCUCUAA